AUGGUACUUUUCCAAACUAUUAAUAGGUUAGCGAAUCCACAUAGUGCAGCUGGAUUGCCUGCUGGUCGAAGGAGAAGAUUCUUUAUUCCACCUUCUACUCGUUAUCCUUUGUUUCUAUACGGUCAAGGUGAAGACCAGAGGUCAUUCCUUUCCCUAAUUGAAAGGGGUUCUGCAAUAGAGAAUGAAGAAAGUGACUCAGCUAGUGUUAGCACCUCGCGAUCGCUACCUUCCACUCUAAAUUCUGCUCAUACAAAUGAUACUCAGGAAUCAUUCAACAACUGGCUCAUAGAAGAGCACCAAAGAAGAAAAACGGGCCAGGAAUCAGAAGAUUCAGAUGGCAGCCCCAAUAAUGAGCAUCUCUAUGAUCAUGAAUCUUCUUUGAUUUCUGCUCGUAGCUUUUCGUCGUCUGAAUCCGAAGAUUUUGAGAACAUGAAGACCUCGACUGCUUUUGAGCUUAGAAAGUUGUCUCGAUAUUCCUUACCAUUGAUAAUUACUUUUUUACUAGAGCAUCUAUUUUCAAUGGUUUGCUUAAUGGUUGUAGGGCAUUUGGGUAAGAGCGAGUUGGCUGCGGUUUCAUUGGGUUCCAUGUCCUCUACAAUAACUUUUGCAAUCUUCGAAGGGACUGCUACAGCUUUGGACACUUUAUGUCCUCAGGCAUACGGUGCUGGAAACUAUGAACUUGUCAGCAAGCUUGUUCAGAGGUGCAUCUUGAUUUCAUGGAUUGGAUUUAUACCUUGUGGGUUUCUUUGGUGGUAUUCUCCGUUAUUCUUGAAGUUCAUCAUAAGCGAUGCCGAAGUUUUAGAUUUGACUGCGCUUUUCUUAAGAAUUCUCAUUAUAGGCGCACCCGCCUAUAUUUUCUUUGAGAAUGCCAAAAGAUUUUUGCAAGCCCAAGGGAUUUUUGAAGCGGGUACUGGGGUACUCGCCCUCAGUGCACCAAUUAAUAUUUUUUUAUCCUGGCUACUUGUUUGGAAUAAGAGCUAUGGUCUAGGUUACAUUGGUGCUCCUAUCGCUACAGUAAUUAACUUUUGGCUCAUGAGUAUAUUAUUAGUGUUGUACGUGGUUUGGGUUGACGGACGCAAAUGCUGGUUUGGAGUAGAGUCUUUCCGUGAACUAUUCAGUCAAUGGGGAGGCUUGCUUCAUUUAGCCAUACCUGGCAUUGUGAUGCUUGAAUCCGAGUAUUUAGCAUACGAAAUUAUGACUUUGAUGGCGUCCUAUUUUGGAACUAUUGAGUUGGCUGCACAGAGUGCAGUAUCUAGUAUCGCUUCUUUUACUUAUAUGGUUCCAUUCGCCUUGAGCAUUGCUUCUUCCACUAGAAUUGCCAAUUUUAUCGGUGCCCAAAACUUAGUCUCUGCUGAAAUCGCUACUCACUCAGGAAUGAUAGCUUCGAUAUUUGUAUCUAUCUUGAACUGUAUCAUUCUUUUCACUUUCAAAGAUCAAAUUGCAUCACUUUUCACCCAAGAUGAAGACGUUAAGAGCUUGAUAGUAGACUUGUUUAAUCCAUUAGUUGCUGUUAUUCAAAUAUUUGAUGGUAUAGCAUCUGUUGCAAGUGGGAUAUUAAGAGCUCAAGGGUCUCAGAAAAUAGGUGGAAUAAUUAAUUUUCUUGCUUACUAUGCCUUUGCAAUGCCCUUAGCGCUCUUUUUAUCCAAGUAUACUGAGUUGAAGCUAUAUGGAUUGUGGAUUGGAAUAGGAAGUGGUAUGAUCUUAAUCGGCUUAUCUGAAUCUAUAAUCAUUUUGAGAACAAACUGGGAUGACAUAUUGAUUAGAGCAGGAUUACUUUUGAAGGAUGAUGAUGAGGUCAUUAUUGACGAGAGGGUACUGUUACUCUCUUAG